CGAGCGGCGGCGGAGAGCCGAGCAGCGGCCGCCCUGCUGGGGACCCGAGCUGCGGAGCCGCGACGCGCCAUGGGGGCCUCGGGGUCGUGAUGAGGACCUGAGCAUCUGCCUGCUGACAACCCCGGCCUAAAGUGACCAUGGCCCCCCGCAAGAGGAGCCGCCAUGGCCUGGGCUUCCUGUGCUGCUUUGGGGGCAAUGACCUCCCUGAGAUCAACCUCCGGGACAACCACCCUCUGCAGUACAUGGAGUUCAGCAGCCCCAUCCCCAACCCGGAAGAGCUUAAUGUGUGCUUCGCAGAGCUGGUGGAUGAAUUGGAUCUCACAGACAAAAACCGGGAGGCUGUGUUUGCACUGCCCCCCGAGAAGAAAUGGCAGAUCUACUGCAGCAAGAAGAAGGAGCAAGAGGACCCCAACAAACUGGCAACCAGCUGGCCCGACUAUUACAUCGAACGCAUCAACUCCAUGGCUGCGAUGCAGAGUCUGUAUGCGUUUGAUGAGGAGGAGACAGAGAUGAGGAACCAGAUCGUGGAAGACCUGAAGACGGCGCUGCGGACACAGCCCAUGAGGUUUGUGACCCGCUUCAUCGAGCUGGAGGGCUUGACCUGUCUGCUAAAUUUCCUACGGAGUAUGGACCAUGCCACCUGUGAGAGCCGCAUCCACACCUCCCUCAUCGGCUGCAUCAAGGCACUGAUGAAYAACUCCCAGGGGCGAGCUCACGUGCUGGCCCAGCCCGAGGCCAUCAGCACCAUUGCCCAGAGUCUGCGCACAGAGAACAGCAAGACCAAGGUGGCCGUGCUGGAGAUCUUGGGCGCUGUGUGCCUCGUCCCUGGAGGCCACAAGAAGGUGCUGCAGGCCAUGCUGCACUAUCAGGUGUAUGCAGCAGAGAGGACGCGCUUCCAGACUCUGCUGAAUGAGCUAGACCGAAGUUUGGGCCGGUACCGGGAUGAAGUGAAUCUGAAAACAGCCAUCAUGUCCUUCAUCAACGCUGUCCUCAAUGCUGGAGCCGGAGAGGAUAAUCUGGAGUUCCGUCUACAUCUACGGUACGAGUUCCUGAUGCUGGGGAUACAGCCUGUGAUCGAUAAGCUCCGGCAACACGAGAAUGCCAUCCUGGACAAGCAUUUAGACUUCUUUGAGAUGGUCCGGAACGAGGACGACCUGGAGCUAGCCCGGAGGUUCGACAUGGUGCACAUCGACACCAAGAGUGCUUCCCAGAUGUUCGAUCUGAUCCACAAGAAGCUGAAGCACACUGAGGCCUACCCAUGCCUGCUGUCUGUCCUGCACCACUGCCUGCAGAUGCCCUACAAGCGGAACGGAGGCUACUUCCAGCAGUGGCAGCUCCUGGAUCGAAUCCUCCAGCAGAUUGUCCUCCAGGAUGAGCGGGGUGUAGACCCUGACCUGGCUCCACUGGAGAACUUCAAUGUCAAGAACAUCGUUAACAUGCUCAUCAAUGAGAAUGAGGUGAAACAGUGGCGCGACCAGGCUGAGAAGUUCCGGAAAGAACACAUGGAGCUGGUGAGUCGGCUGGAGAGAAAGGAGCGGGAGUGUGAGACCAAGACGCUGGAGAAGGAAGAGAUGAUGCGGACGCUGAACAAGAUGAAGGACAAGCUGGCCCGAGAGUCCCAGGAGCUGCGUCAGGCUAAGGGACAGGUGGCAGAGCUGGUCGCCCAACUCAGUGAGAUCUCGACGGGCCCUGUAUCUUCCCCCCGUCCCCCUGGAGGUCCAUUUCCCUUGUCUUCGUCAGUGACAACCAACGACCUGCCUCCACCCCCACCUCCUCUCCCCUUUUCCUGUUGCCCCCCACCUCCACCCCCACCCCCACCACCCGGAGGGCCUCCCACACCCCCCGGCGCCCCACCUUGCUUCAGCAUGGGCCUCCCCCUCCCUCAGGACCCCUUCCCCAGCAGUGAUGUCCCACUCAGGAAAAAGCGUGUCCCCCAACCUUCCCACCCACUGAAGUCCUUCAACUGGGUCAAGCUGAAUGAGGAGCGUGUCCCUGGCACCAUAUGGAAUGAGAUUGAUGACAUGCAGGUAUUUCAGAUUCUGGACCUAGAGGAUUUUGAAAAAAUGUUUUCCGCCUAUCAGAGGCACCAGGAGCUGAUAACUAAUCCUCCUCAGCAGAAGGAGUUGGGCUCCACAGAGGACAUCUACCUGGCCUCCCGCAAGGUCAAAGAGCUGUCCGUCAUUGAUGGCCGGAGGGCGCAGAACUGUAUCAUUCUUCUCUCCAAGUUGAAGCUUUCUAACGAGGAGAUCCGGCAGGCCAUUUUGAAGAUGGAUGAGCAGGAGGACCUUGCUAAGGACAUGUUGGAGCAGCUCCUCAAGUUCAUCCCGGAGAAGAGUGACGUUGACCUCCUGGAGGAGCACAAACACGAGCUGGAGCGGAUGGCCCGCGCCGAUCGCUUCCUCUAUGAGAUGAGCAGGAUCGACCACUAUCAGCAGCGACUGCAGGCCCUCUUCUUUAAGAAGAAGUUCCAGGACCGACUGACCGAGGCCAAGCCCAAAGUUGAAGCCAUCCUGCUGGCCUCCCGGGAGCUGACUCGCAGCAAGCGUCUGAAGCAGAUGUUAGAGGUCGUCCUGGCCAUUGGCAACUUCAUGAACAAGGGGCAGCGCGGGGGCGCCUAUGGGUUUCGGGUGGCCAGCCUCAACAAGAUUGCUGACACCAAGUCCAGCAUCGACAGAAACAUCUCUCUGCUCCAUUACCUGAUCAUGAUUCUGGAGAAGCAUUUCCCUGACAUCCUAAACAUGCCUUUGGAACUGCAGCAUCUUCCAGAAGCCGCCAAAGUCAACCUGGCGGAGCUGGAGAAGGAGGUUAGCAACCUGAGGAAGGGCCUAAGAGCUGUUGAGGUGGAGCUGGAGUAUCAGAGACGCCAGGURCGGGAGCCCAAUGACAAGUUUGUCCCAGUCAUGAGCGACUUCAUCACAGUAUCCAGCUUCAGCUUCUCAGAGCUGGAAGACCAACUGAAUGAGGCCAGGGACAAGUUUGCCAAGGCACUGAUGCACUUCGGGGAACAUGACAGCAAGAUGCAGCCCGACGAGUUCUUUGGCAUCUUUGACACCUUCCUGCAGUCCUUCUCAGAGGCCCGGCAGGACUUGGAGGCCAUGAGGAGGAGGAAAGAGGAGGAGGAACGGCGGGCACGCAUGGAAGCCAUGCUGAAGGAGCAGCGGGAGCGGGAGCGGUGGCAACGGCAGCGGAAGGUCCUGGCGAGCAGCACCCUGGAGGAGGGAGGAGAGUUCGACGACCUGGUGUCGGCCUUGCGCUCUGGAGAGGUGUUCGACAAGGACUUGAGCAAGCUCAAGCGUAGCCGCAAGCGUUCAGGGAGCCAGGCCCCAGAAGCCACCCGUGAAAGGGCCAUUAACAGGCUAAAUUACUGACCUGGGGAAUGGCCACGUGGGCGGCCAGGAGACAGGGACAGCUGAGAGGGGUUCAAUGGAGGAGGUGGAAUUCAAGCCCCAGGCUGGGCCCUGGGUGAGGCUGGGUGGGGCUGGACCAGGUGUCUCCCCACACUUACCUUAAGGGACUCUGCUCACCUCCUCCACAUUGAUCGUUCUGAUCCUGGCUCCUGGGGGGAGCCUCUGGGGUUGGCUUGGACAUCCCUGGCAAGUCCUGGCCAGGCAAUCUCAGACUGAGGGGGCCCUGUUCCUGCUCCCCGCCCUGGGCAAACCCACGCUAUCGCAGAACUGUUCCAGAUCUAGACUGGAGAGGUCCAUGGACCUUGUCCCAAUCUGAUCUCCUGUGCAGUGGGGAGUAAUGGUGGUUGGGCCUCUGAGAGCCAGGGGGAGGGAAUCCAGGCUCCUAUCGCUGAAGAGGCGGCUCAGUGGAACAUGAAUCUGGGAGCCAACUUUUUUCUUGGCUGGAAACCGAAGAGGCCUUAUGUAAGAUGAAGGUGAUGUACGGACCAAAGUCAGCAGGACGGAGUAGCAGUGCCUGUUUCCCACARUGUCAGUCCUUUGGUCCCUCUCCCUUCCCUAUCCCCAUGUCCAUCCUAUCUACUAAUCUACAAUCCAGCAAAUGUACCCCAGGGUUCCCAGGACUACGACUCACUACGAGGUGCUUGACAAGUCUGGUGAGGGAGGGAGUAAAAGAAGACUUCAUGUGUCCUCACACUUCAUGUCUUGGGCAAGGGAUCCUGUGACAACUCCCUAUUGUCCUGAAGUGAGAGUGAUCACACAUGUUGCUAGAGUUCCUGGGAGCCCCUCACCAGAGGGUGACACUUGAAAACCUAGUUCCAUGUAACAGUUCCCUGGGCUCCACACCUUCUGAACAUCUGCCCCAGGGCAGAAGUCACAGCGGCCUCCCGCCUGUCCAGGCUGCAGAGAUUUCUUGGAACCAUGAAAAGUUGGCUGAGGCUGGCCCUUGGAAGUUGGUUCCUGAGGGCCAAAGCUACCCUCUGCAUUUACAGUCACCUCUAAGGAUGGUCCCCCUGGAGGCAUUCAAAGUGGGGGCUGAGGGGACAGGCAGGGAACACUGGGGAGAUGGGGAGACAAGGCCACUGACUUCCUUGGAGAGCACAGCGCUUGAAGGAGCCAAGGGAGGACAGCUGAGAGAAGGSGCCCACUUCCACCUCUGGUGGUCAGUUUGGUUCUUGCAAAGGGGCCCAUACUGGUCCUCCUGUCCACCACCUUCAUUUUGUCCAUACUGAGUUGUGCUUGGCAGGUCAGCAGAACAGCUGUAUCUGGACAGGUUUUCUUUCUUCUAAACGGAGGAGGGUGAGGUCAGCAGGGGGAGAUCAGCUCCAUCAAGGCCUGUAUUUUCUAAACACAUACCUUCAGGUUAGCCCUGCCUGAUCGGCACCAUCAGCUGGCUCCCGAUCCCUUCCCUUUAUAGUUCUCAUCUUCCAAUCCCAUCUUCCUGGCUCAGGGUCGUUGCCAGUGGACAGAGUGGUGGGCUGGGCUCACUUUUGAGCUGCCUAUCUUAGGUCUUUUCCCUAUAUCAGAUUUCUAGGGUGGGAUCAUAGUAGCUGUGGGGGAAUAAACACAGGGUCAGUGAGGCCAGCAUGUGAGUUGGUUUGAGGGGGAGGUUAUAAGUGUUUUGGUGGGAGGGAUCCGAGCAAGUGCAAGCUUGGUCAGCAUAGGUGUGAAGAGGCCAUCCUGGGACCUAGGUGAGGGUUAGGCAAAGGCUUAGGCUUCUAAGAGCAGUUGCUGAGAGCUUUGUUACCUCCAUCCAAGAACCUCUGCUGCAAGCAGUGGGCUCUGGGAGGAUGGGGGUUCAUGAUGGGGUUUCCUAAGGUCCUCUCCCAAACUGACUGGGCUGAGUCAGCCAGGGGCAGCGAACGGGGAGGGCUCUACUUCUGUCAAACCAACACCAUCAAAUCUUGGCAUUCCCAACUACCAUGGAAGCCCGGAUAUUCACCAGCAAAGACAUGGAAUAUGGAAGCUGUUCAAGACACACUCAAUUCUCAGCAAGGCAGGGUUUGGUUUAACUGUUUACAGGGGACACAUUCUUCCAGAGCCCAGCCUUCUCACCCCCAAAAUAUUUUUUUCUAUUUAUUAUUUUCUGGAUCUGGCCAGUGGCUCUGGCCAGAUCUCCAACAGUGCCUUGGACUAUGGACCAUCACGGUCAAAUCAAUAAGGUGGCCCUGGUGCCCAAAGUAGAUAGCGGGGUUGGUCCUUGGUGUUAAAUGAUUAAGCCUGUAUAUAUGUUCCUUGGUUUUGCUUUCCCCAGGAUUCCUGCAACCUUCUUACCCCAUUUGGGGGGUAAAUUCCUCUAAUUUGUGUCCACUGUAAAAUUUAUAGSCAACCUCAUGUGACCCUUUUCAACAGCGGCAGCAGCACCAUCUCCCCUGCCCAUGAUGGAUGUAUUUAGGGGAGUGAGAAAAUUCUCCAGGUGGAUGGAAAAGGGUCUGGUCUGGGUUCUCCCCAUACCUCUCCCAUUGCCACCAACUGGGCAGCCAUAACCAUCUCUCUCCACCCUCUACAAGGGACCUCUACCAAACUUCAUGGCAAGGCUGCUCUCACCAGCUGUCUCAGAUGACAACUGAGGCUCAUGUACAAAAUCUGCAGUGUCCUUUUUACCUGCACCAUUUUUUAUAAGAAUAUAUUGUAAUACUAAAAAAUAUUAAAUCCAUACCAUCCCUAUCCAGGCUGCUAGAAACUUGUGCUUCCUCCCAGAGGGGACUUGAGGUGGGCUGGGAAGUGGUCACAGUGGGGGAUGUGCCAUAGCCAGCUGGUACCUGCUCCACAAAAGUCCGCAGUGUUACAUGGAGAGCUAGAAUUGSGAAUAUUUGUAUCAGGAAAUCGUUUUUCAGAGCUGGUUGUUCAACCUUUGCCAUCACACCUCAGCAGGGUCACCACUGAGACCCCCAGAGGAGCCCAUUCACAUUAGAGAACCCAGGGGGCUAGGCCAGUGUUUGGGGGUGUGGAAACAGGAGCCUCCAAAUCACUCCUGGUUACUAGUAGCUGGUGAUACAAGCAAGGUGGUUGGGGUGCAUCACCCCUGACAAAAUUUUUUUUACAGUGCAUUCCCAUACCUCCCAUUCCCCGCGGGGGGCGGGGAAGCGGGCAUAUGGAGAGGAUGCCGUUGGCCUUGC